AUGUCUGGAAGGGGAGAUAACACUGUGAGAAAUCGAGAUCCAGCACCCAUUCAAAUCACUGCUGAGCAACUUUUGCGAGAUACAAAAGAACGUCAGUCUUCUGAAGUGAAAACGCCUAUUCAGAAGAUUCAAAACUCGGAGGAAUUGGCCGAAUGGAGAUUUCUUCAGCGUCGUCACUUUGAAGAAGGUAUAAAGAAUCAGAGACAGCACAUGGGAAACUACAUAAAAUAUACAAAAUGGGAAGAGAAGCAGGAUGAAAUUGAGAGAUCCCGAAACAUAUAUGAACGUGCAUUGGACGUCGAUCCGACAGCUUAUUCUGUGUGGAUAAAAUAUGCGGAGUUUGAGGUGCGAAAUCGCAACAUCAAUCAUGCUCGCAACGUAUACGACCGAGCUGUAACGAUUCUUCCUCGUGUGGACCAACUUUGGUAG